AACUAUUAGUUGCUCAAUCCUUCUGUGUUUUAGUUAAUUGCAAUGUCUUCUGAGUUGGUAUACAGUAUUUUAAUUUAUCUUAAUCUUAUAUUAGUGUACAGCUUUAUUAAUUGCAAUGUCUUCUGUGAUCUCUCCAUUGCUUAACUUUAAUAAUCUCUCAAUCAUAAAUCUCUUUGACAAAUCUAAACCAUAUCAAUCUCUUGCCAUUUUUCUCUUAAUUUUCAAAAGAUUUGAGUUAUAAUGACAAAGAAACCAAUACCCAGUGUUAUCAAUGGAAAUGAGUCAUCUUUGAUUCUUGAAGAAGUAGCCAGAACUGAUUUCCCCUCUGAUUUUGUCUUUGGUGUUGCGACUUCUGCUUAUCAGGUUGAAGGAGCUGCAAAUGAGGGCAAUAGGGGUCCUAGUAUUUGGGAUGCUUUUACACAUACUGAAGGGAAAAUUGUUGAUGGUAGUAAUGGUGAUGUAGCAGUUGAUCAAUAUCAUCGUUACAAGGAAGAUGUGGAACUCAUAUCUACGUUGGGUUUUGAUGCAUAUCGGUUCUCAAUAUCGUGGUCUCGUAUAUUCCCUGAUGGUCUUGGGACUAAGGUUAAUGAUGAAGGAAUUCGUUACUACAACAAUCUUAUUAAUGCUCUUCUUGAGAAAGGUAUACAACCUUAUGCUACUUUGUAUCAUUGGGACCUUCCUUUACAUCUCCAAGAGUCAAUCGGAGGAUGGUUGAGCAAGGAAAUAGUAAAUUACUUUACAAUAUACGCGGAUACUUGCUUUGCAAAUUUCGGGGAUAGAGUGAAGCACUGGGUAACGUUCAACGAGCCUCUUCAAACUGCUGUAAAUGGACAUUGUAUAGGCAUAUUUGCACCUGGUAGAAGUGAAAAUGCAUCGACCGAGACGUAUUUGGCAGCACAUCAUCAAAUACUGGCUCAUGCAUAUGCUGCUUCAGUUUAUAGAAAGAAGUACAAGGAAGUUCAAGGUGGACAACUUGGUUUGGUGAUAGAUUGUGAAUGGGCUGAGGCCGCAUCAGAAAGUGUUGAAGACAUAAAUGCGGCUGCAAGACGUCUUGAUUUCCAUCUAGGAUGGUAUUGGGAUCCAAUAUAUUUUGGAGACUAUCCCCAAACAAUGCGAGAAAGACUUGGAGAGAGGCUUCCUAGAUUCUCUCAGGAGGAGAGAGAUCUACUUCACUAUUCUGUAGACUUCAUUGGACUAAAUCACUACACUACUAGGUACAUAGCACACUCGACUGAGAAUCCUGGAGGACAUGAUUAUUAUGCUGCACAGCAGAUGGAGAGAAUCGCUGAAUGGGAAGAUGGCGAAAUAAUUGGUGAGAAGGCGGCAUCAUCAUGGCUUUAUGUGGUUCCUUGGGGUUUAAGGAAAGUUCUUUUACACAUAACAAAGAAGUACAACAAUACUCCUAUUUAUAUCACUGAAAAUGGCAUGGAUGAUGAAGACAAUCCCUUGGCUGAGCUUCAUGAGAUGCUAGAUGACAGAUUGAGGGUCAAAUACUUCAAGGGAUAUGUUGCUGCCGUUGCACAAGCGAUCAAGGAAGGGGCCAAUGUAAAAGGAUAUUUCGCGUGGUCUUUGCUGGACAACUUUGAAUGGGCUGAAGGUUACACCAAGCGGUUUGGGAUAGUUUACGUAGACUACAAGAAUGGUCUUUCUCGGCAUCCCAAAUCCUCUGCAUAUUGGUGGAUGCGAUUUUUAAAGGGCAACAAAGGCAAAGAUAGUAAAGAAGAAUGAUUCUAACAGGAUCUUUCCGAUGUUGAGAAUCACCAAGAUAUGCAUCAAAGACUUGGUAUCUGUUCGAUUAUAGUAAUGAAUAAUUUCUUGUAGACUUCAUUGAUUGUACUUUAUCUUUGAACAUGAACUUCUCCAUAAAUGAAUUUUCGAGGUUAAUUUUGAUCUCGGUGAUA